AUGCGUGAAUGUGAAGACCGGCGUGUUCCUUGUUCAUCUAACACUCACCCGUCGAUGUUCUACAGUUCUGCAGUAGUGCGGCCUCCGUUAUGCAAAGUCAUCAUGGCGUAUUCAUGUACAACGUCGUUGGUGGUACCGUCGAGGCGGCGUGUAUUCAAUAUCUUCCAUAUUUCAAGCAUUCUAACUGAAGCAGCCGCAUGUUCUCGAACCCGUUCCGCUGGUGGUGGCCCGGGAACGUGCGUGGGCCGCGAGCGACGAACCCGCGGCCGAACGGCAAACACCGAAAGUGCUCUUUCACGUAUCUUCGCGUCGUCCAGUAUGAGUGCCCUCGGCGGUCUUGACCGAGGGCGGAGGAUGUUGGAUCUGCGGGCGCUAUCCUCAUCAGAAGCAACCGCUUAA